GGAGCUUAUUUUGGAAGGGAACAGUUUGGCUGGUUUGUAGCUCAGGUAUGCAGCAGAGAUUAGCACAGACAGUCUUCAGACACCAACAACAGGCUCAGAGCUGGAAGACAGACAAUGUGAGGCCUUCACACUCACAGAAAAGUUUCAGGAUGCUGAAUAGUUGAAAACAAAGUCUUAAUGGAUACAAAUACCCAAGGAGCUGCUGAAGGAAGUGCAGUGCAAUGCAGAGAUCUGAAUCAUUGAUAACUCGGGAUGUGGAGAACAGAACCAAGCUACAUCAAGCAUUUGGAUUCUACUUUACAAUCCCUCACUAGCUGAAGAAGAUGACUGACUUUGCUGUGGCAGACAGUAUCUGUCCUUCCAGUGGGAUUCACAGCAAACCCGCCCUGAGGAAGAAACGGGAGACAGACUCCAUGAUGGCUGGUUCAGACACAAGGGACAACCUCUCCCAGAUGUCUCCUACAUCCCAGCAGGCCCCAGGUUCGGCAGUGUCAGCUCUGCAGUCCAAAGUGAAGGCAUUGUCUGAGAGGAGAGCCUGUGGAGAGAAGAGGGAGAGAGGGGAGGGAGAGAAGGGGGAGAAGGGGCAGCCAGCUUUUAACCAGAAUCCCAGAAGGACCAACCAAGACAAGGAUAGACCUUCAUCUGGCCGCCUGGUCGCCGGAAAACAGAUCAAUAGUGAUGAAGAGGUGGAUCCAGCACUUCAAAUUCAAACCUACCUGACCGACAAAGUCCUCAAAUGUGACAUGGAGGAUUUGAAUGAAGAAAACCAAAUCAAUAAGGCUAAGGCCACAGUGGACCCACCCUGGGGCCAAGGCGAAGGGGCUAGUCUAGAGAGCCUUCGGCUGACCAACGGAGGAUUUCCUCCAGAGGAACCUUCUACAAAGAGCUGGAUGCCUCCAAAAGGGUUUUGGAAAGCCACAAGGCCCGAGACUCUUAGCUUAGAGGAGGAACCAAAAGUUUUAAGAGACAUGAGCUGGCGGGAGGAAUCACAGGCCGAGCCCGGGGGUGCUUCCUGCCAGAGGAAGCCCAAGAUGGGUCAACCCCCGAGGGUCCUACAGAGGGCCGACAGCCUGGAGAGUCGCUUAACUGGUAAUCUGUUCAAUGGGGUUCCGCUCGGUGGUCUCUGGAGGGCUGACAGCUGGGAGAGCGUGUGCAGUAACGCAAGCUCACUGUCGCUGGCAGAGCGUGUUGAGAUGAACCGCGGGGUCCUCAAGCAGAUCCUGGAUAGUCCUAAGAACAAGGAGGAUAAUCCCGGGAAACUCGUGGAGUGCAACGGAAAAGGCAUUUCCACAUUCAACGAUAGUGACUGGGACUCUGGGGUCUCUCUGCAAGACUGUGACCACGGACCGAGGGCCUUUGUUUGUGACGAGCUGCCCCUGAGCCCUCGACAUGAGCAGGCCAAGAGGCUACUGGAGAGAGCCCGAAUGAAGGCCCGAGCACAUCCUCUGAAGGCUGACCACAGCAUCCUGCCCUUCAAAAGAGACUGCCUGGAGUCUAAAGGUCCUGGGGCCCCACUGCUGCGGAAGGGCCUGUCAGGGAGGGAGGCGGUGUCGUCUGCGUGUGGGAACCUCAGUGACUCCUCCAGUGGGGACUCCGGCUGCGGGCCGCGGCGCAAGCAGUCCCCCACCAGGGUGCGUUUCGAGGACGAGUCGGCCCAGGAUGCAGAGGUGCGAUACCUGGAGAGGCUGCAGCAGAGGAAGAGGGCAGCGGAGAGAGGCCAGGGCGUGCUGGUCUCCAAACCAGACUUGUCCUCCUACAUCAACGGAUCCCCGACCAGGAGGGAGCCGAGCAAGAACCCAGAGGGAGCUCCGCUGUGGAGCAAAAACAAGAGCAAGGGCAAGAGCAGGAACCACGGCAGCCCAGAAAAGUGUCCCCCUCCCGGGGAGCAGGGGAGCCAAAAGUGCAAUGCCUGUGGGUCUUUCAUGCCUGGCUACCAGACUAAAGCAUCACGAGGGCAAGCCUUGUAUCAAGCAGAGGAUGAGAUGAUUGAAAGAGUCCAGGAUGAGUCUUAUGUCAAGGUGAUCCCGUAUUGGGUUCCACCUUCUAAUCACAGAAUGAGGACCGAACGCAUCAAGGAGACUUACAUUGGAGAGGUUACCUCUAUUGAUGAUGUGGAGUCACCCCAGGGAGAUGCAGACCCUGCUAACAGUGGGGAUAGCGCCGCAAAUCCACACAGCAGCAAUGGGAUUGUGGACCCCACCGUACACUCUCUUGGCAAUAAUAGGAACUGUAGUCCUGACUUUCCUGUCUAUACCAAUGGGGAAACCCAUCAUGGGAAGACCGUUGUCAAAUGUUCUGCAAGCCAAAAGUCACUGGUUCCAACCCGGCCCAUGCCCAAUGGUGCUGAGAAGGAUGCAAACACAGAGUGUUGGAAAAGGCCUGUUAAUCCCUAUGGUUUUGAUCCAGAUAGCGUACCUUCUGGUUUGUCUGUGGGCCAGCCUAGUCCCCCUCCCUCAAAGGAAAUGCCCCAAUGUGAGACCACUCUCCCAGGCUCCAAUUCCAAUGCCAACACACAGCCCAAAGUGAAGAAAUCAGCUCUGAAGUCUGGCUCUAAGAGUCACAUUAAUGGCCAGCAUGUAGUGAAGGUGUUGCCUUCCCCGCAGUAUCGUCUGAUCCACCUCGACACCGAAGAUCUCGACCCUCAAGAGACACAGAGCAACGACUCCAUGCUGUCUGCGAAUCACCAUCCCGACACAUUAGAGCAGUGCCGUGCUGUGAAGAGCAGGGAACAUGAGCGCUUUGAGGACACAGCCAGCCCCAAACCCUCCAGUAAUAACCUCUCCACUGAGCUCCAGCCACUGAAGCAGAACAGUGCUGCACACAAGACAGCCUGUCAGCUGCAGUCAGACGAGAAUGUGUGCCAUUACCCAGAAUUCCAAGACACCUCCCAGCAUUCCCAGCCACUGUCUAAUCAGGACGCAUCACACGAAAGAGCACCGAGGAGAGAAAGGUCAGCAGACAGUAAAGCCAUUUCUGACGGGAAACCCAGAUCAGCUGUUCAGAAGUUCCUCUCGGCUAUCAGUCAGAACACAGUGAAGAAGCUGGGUCGAGGACGCUCCAGCAGCAUGGAGCACCUGAGCUCUGUGCACCAACACGGCAGCAAGCUGGAGAAAGAACCCUCUCUGCAGUCCCUGCGCCGGGUGUCUCCCUUCUCCCAGCUGAGGAAGGCCUCCUCAGUGCAGAGCCUGCCUUCUCUGAAGAGGAAGCCGGACCGUUCCAUUUCUUACCUGGUGGGGGAGCCAGCAGCUUUUAGUCUAUCACUCAGCAGGGGGCCCCGACGCUCCCUCAGUGUGGAGGAUGUGGGUGACCCCAGUGCGCUGCGCUCAGUGGGGAGGGUGGCCAAGGCCUACCCCGAUGGGACUCUGCUCCUGCAACUCAGCCGGCCCUCCAGGGGCCCCUUUGGAUUCUUCAUCUCCCGGGGCCACGGCCGUGCAGACUCAGGGGUCUAUGUCCAGGAGAUGGGGGACAGCAGCACUGAGAAGUUAUAUGCCGGUCUGCUGGGGGUGGGAGAUGAGAUCGUGGAGGUGAAUGGAGAGAAGGUUUCAGGACUGACCCUGGAGCAGGUAAACGCACUGAUGAUCCAGCAAGACACCGCCUCCCUGCGUGUGCUCAGGCAGAGGGGGGGCCAGCGGUAGCCAACGGGAGGCAGAGGACUGCGGAGGAAGCCAAUCAGAUCCUGCAGUGGGCGGGACUAAAGACAGAGGGGUGGGGUCUGGAACUGUGACGAGCCUCCCCACUCCACCAGCACAGACAGGAUCAUACUGCACUGUAUCAAACUAACUGUUGCAUUGAAUCAAGGCUUUACAGUCAUUUGCUUACCCCUCACUGGCAUACAGUGUGAUCCCAAGUUCCCUGCUAACAUCUGCAAUGGGUUUGUAUCCCUGGCACUGGGGAUAUAGAGGAGGUAUCCAUACAGAAUUGUGUCAUACAGCCCAAAUCAAUACAAUUUCAACUUGGAAACGAAUGUAGGUCUUCAAUGAACAGAGCAAAUGGAGUCUAUAUUUUAUUCAACAAGAAGGAUGUGUGCCUAGCACACAAAUGAUCAUGCUCAGAGGUUUAUUAUCCAUCAGAAACAAGCACACACAAGAAAAGAUGAAAACGGCCUCCCUUGUAACAGUGUCCCACAGGAAAAGCACAGCAGCGCAUAACAAAGCACAGUGAAAGCAGGGUAAAGCAUAGGCCAGCAUUGUACAGCACAGGGAGGUAUCAUAAAACAUGUUUAAAAAAAAAAAAAAAAAAAAGAAAAAAAAUGUAAAUGCAUAGUAACCACAGAAAAAGCAUGGAAAAAACUGCAGAAUUACUGUGCACAUUUUAAAGGGGCUGCACAGUACGUCACACUUAAGAUAUAGUGUUCAUCAAAUCACGAUAAAAUCUCUUUAUAUAUAUAUAUACAGAACCGCUUUUUCGAUUGUGAUGAAACUGGAAAAGGGCAUUCAUUAGAAGGAGUUAUCAAGGGGUAUAUGGAGGCGUCUCUCCAUAUGUAUGUAUGCUUUCAUUUUUACUUGUACAUAUAUACAUACAUACAUACAUACACACAUGGAUCUAGGUCAUGGUGUGCCUUAUAGAAGCUUACCACACUAUUUUUGCACUUUUCCCAUUGUUGUACUGUGUAUUUGACAUAAUUUACCCUAGCUUACCAUGUUCAUCAAUAUGCUUUACUGUACCUCACUAUUCUUUACAAUUAUGCUUUAUCAUGCUUUCACUUGUAUUACACUUUUAUCAGAAGAUUUACGUUCUGUAAUGUUGUAUUGAUUGCAGAAGAUGAAUGAGACUGCCACGCUUGUUUUUCUCUGCAGUUCGUGUUGCAUUUUGACUCGGGUGAAGCUGUAGCGCAGUCACAAUAACCCUCUCCCUGUUCACUUCCUUCCUGUGAGCAGGAAACAGGCACCACAUCCUGAGCACACAGUUUCCAUUAGGCCUCGUCUGAAUCAAAGUCAAAAUGAAGAGAUCAAACCGCAUAGCAGUGGGACUGGGAGGGGGUUGUUUUGCCAGUGAUUGGAAAGAGCAAGUCUUGGUUAUCACAUCACAAGACUGAGUUGACAUGCCUUGCUGUGUACUACAAAUGCCAAGCUUGCCACUACGAGAAUUCUGGUGUGCUGUACAAUGUAAAAGAAAAAGAUCAACAAGUACAGGCUGGUUAGAAAACAGCAGCAACAGAGAGCAGUGGAAUUUACUAUAGUUUCUUCAUGAUAUGCUCUGCAUUGUCACAACUCCCCACUGUGUCCCGUAGGGGGUGCUGCUUCCCAUCAUUCAGAGGUUUCAAUCCCCAUGCUGUUCAAAGGGGUUUCCAUUUGCUUCAAUGAGCCGUUCCUGGCAGGAUGUUGUAAACCGCUGAUCAGAGCAUCAUCACUGCAAGGCCCUGGUGGAAUUCUUGAUUCCCGUUGAUAAGCUCUUAAAUCUGCAGCAGCAUUUCUCUUGUUGGCAUAAUAAAGGGUACGAGGCUUAUUCACUGUUCCAAGGUCAGCAUGCUGUCUAUGCUGGACACAACUAACCUGUUAGUGCACUAAGAGCUGCCUUUUAGAGAUGCUGGUUAAUGCAGCUGUACAUUAGAGACACACAGACUCCAGCCCAUGUGGGUACAUCAUGUGGAAUCUGUAGCUCCCAAAUACCAGUGCUGUCUCUCUCUGUGACUAAUCUAUUUUCACCACUGCUGUUGAGUUACUUGGAGCCCGGACUCCAGGACUGACCUGUUGUGUCCCCGUUCAUGUAAAGUGUGCCUCGGAUGGACCAUUGGCGUGGCCAGGACUGGGUGCAGGACUAGUGCUCUUUACUGCCACCUGCUGAUGGAGGUCUGUGUGAGCAGACUGCAACAUUCCCUUCCCUGGUUUGAAGUAAAAGCAGUUUAUAAAUAAGCAGGCUCGCUACAGCAUGUCUGACACAAAGCAGCAUUGUUUCUUUAAACCUUCACUGCUCAUACAUGUUAUGUCCUGUUUAAUAAUUUUGAGUCUUGUAAGAGACACACAUUGAUUCCAUUUGAUUGCCUACAUUUCAUUUUGUUCAUGUUAAAAUAUUGAAAAUAUAGGGGAACGUAACAUAUACAUACAAUGUAUGCAUUUUUAUUUUAAAAAAAACAAACGUUAUUUUUUGUUGCAACCUCCAGAUAAAAGUUUUGAUUAAUUGUUAUUCCAUUAAUCACCAUUCAUAUCGGGUUAUUUUAUAACAAGCGUGUGUUUCUCAGGUUAAAAACCAGGACUUUUCAAACACUGGCACCAGCAGCUUCAAACUCCAUGCAUUGGUUUUGGUAUGUCUAGAUAGCAGGGCUGGCUGUUUCAUUUAACAUGAAAGAUGGUCAGAUAGAAGGGCUGGCUGUUUCAUUUAACAUAAAAGAUGGUCAGAUAGAAGGGCUGGCUGUUUCAUUUAACAUGAAAGGUGGUCAGAUAGCAGGGUUGGCUGUUUCAGGUUAUUUAACAUGAUGUAAAGAUGGUCAGUGCUGACAUUUAGCAAUCACCAGACAAUCCCAGUAUUUACAAAGUUAACGUUCGGAUUUGAUCACAUUGACAAUAGUGAUACAACAAGUGGAUUGAUGCCAAAAAAGUAUUUGAUGCCAUCACAGUAGACAUAGCACAUCUUUAUUACUUGUACCAUGAACUAUUCAUAUUGCAAUGUACCAUGACCAAGCCAUGCCACAUUGAGAAUUGUGGCACCAUACAGAUGUUUCUAAUAUAUAUUUCUAUAUGUGUACCUGUUUGAAGUGAGUGUGUUCUGUAUCCAUACCCUUCCCAAAUGAUCUUCAGUGGCAAUGCAGACAGACAGUGGCACUACUAUUGAAUUGCAGUGGUUCUGUAUUAUAGUGAGGGGCAGUGGUAGCACAAGUAUAGGACAGCUGCAAUGGAAUGAGGCCAUUGGUAGGAUGGGAGCACAUUUUUGUUGUACAAAUGGUUUGAUGGUAUUCUGAAGCACCAGAAUACACACCGCUGGUAUCUGACUACAUUGCCACACAAACAGACUUCUGUUGUAGCAGCACUGUUGUGUGGAAUAGUCUUUCUGAAUUCAUUAUGUUGCCAUUGCUAGUGUCGUGUGCCGGGCUUUCUUCAAUGUAAUGGUAUGGCUCACACCUUUCUGGGAUCAUGUUUUUGAACCAGCGUGUUGAGUCAUUUUGCAUUUUAUUCAGUUUUCACAUCACUGACCUGAGCACUGUCACUGCAUAGUCAUUACUUCAUAGUGGUUCUUACUCGGUACACACAUGUAGGGUUAAGAAAAGCUGUCUUUCUCUCAAUCAGUAUUGUAGCACAAACACACCGUGGAAUCUCACUGAGACCACAUUUUGUUACAAUGAUUUAUAUUUACAAAUAAAAUUGGUAUGAUUUUAAACAGCGA